UGUAAUCCUUUCCAUCGCUGCUUAAUGCUUUAGACGUUAACCGAAACAGCACACUUCGCAUGUACCACUUUGAUUUCCGGUCUGCUCAGAAAGUACUGUAAAAUUAAACAAUGUGCCAAUAUUUUUCAUCUGGUUUAUUCUACCUCUCUCUGUUAGCAUAUUCGCAAUGCAUAUCCGCCAUUUUAACCGGUCAGCAAGCGGUGGCCCAGCGUCCCAAUUUUCGGUACAUAAAUCGCCAGUUUCAAGGAUCCAGCGCCCCGACGUAUGACACAUUCGACAAUAAUUACGAUCCAGACCAGGAUUUCGAUUACGGAACCGGCAAUCAGCAGGAGGGAUAUGAUUCCACUUAUUCACUGCAUCCCGAAGCCAAUGCACAGUCGAACUAUGAUUCAACGGAUGAUAGUGCAGAAAGGUCACCGGUGGGUGGCACCGGCGGCAGACAGGAUCCGGUGCGACCAUUUGAUCCAGCACGCACACCGACAAAUAGCCAGCUAGAUGUCAAUGAUCCUGGAGUGUUGUACUGGACAUCUAGAGACUCUCCGGCAUCUGUCAUUUUCCUUAUAGGUGGCCAGAUAUAUUCAAGCGGCAACCGUAACCCCGCUCCCCCUCGCUAUCCAGGCGGCCCCGGCAUGAGCGACGUCCAGCAACCGAACCGCCGCCCGCUUCUUCCUUGGCCUCAGCCCAGACCCAGUCAAAACACUUCCCGGCCGCAACCACCUAACCGACCGGUCCGGCCGCCCAUGAACACCAACACCGGAUAUCCCAUGGAGCGUCCCGAUAUCCUCCAGGACACCGGACGUCCUUCCUACAACCAACCCAAUCGCCCACGACCGUCGUUCACUAGCAACUCCAACCGCCCAUCGUACCAGAACACCGGCAAUCAGAUUCCUAUCUGCCGCACUGAGCCCGGCUCCAAUUCACAGCCGGUUCGACCUCCCAUGUCCGGCAGACCAGGCCGCCGUCCCGGAACAGGAGAUAUUCUAGCGGAUCCCGGGCGAGGGAAUGUGUUCAUUCAGGGCUUAGGACAAGGAGGACAAGACGAGACUGAUGGAUAUUAUCAGGGACCGGAGGGCUAUAAUAAUCCUUACACAAACAUUGAAAGCCAACAGCGACCGUCGUGGCCAGUGGAUUAUGGCCGGGAUGGUGAGCAAACUGAGACGCAAACGAUUGCCGGUAUUAAAGCGGCAGCGGGAUGGCUUUUGUUUCGCAUCAUUCCUGAUGCGGUUCGUCGGCUGGGGCACUAAACAAUCGAUGCAAAAACUAGUAAUUAACAACCAAAAGUGCUGGCUGAACCGCUGCUCUUUGAGAUUGUUAGAAUUACGUUGUUAAGGAGUCAAUAAAAAUACCCCAUUUAACGAGGUAAUUGAAUCAUGAGAACAUAAAAUAUGGCAUUUCAUGGUCGAUGAUUCAAUCUGUUAAAUUUGCAGAAGCAACGGAGAUAAUAUGAUAAAUGCUGGUGAUAAA